AUGGAGGUAGUUGCAGAAGCUCUUAUCGCAAUUCCUCCCAAACUCCCGGGCACACCGAGCGAAUGUAUUGCCACGGCGCAUAGUGGGAAUUGUUGCCACGGCCUAGCGGAGUACCCUCGUCAGACGUGCGUGGGGAUAGUGGUGGACUGCCGACGCCCGGGCCGAACACUCACAACACCCACGACUCUCCAAGCGAUAUACCCGACGAGACAGGAGGAGAGCAAGGUUAUUUCUCCGCAAGUCAACAAGGUUCAGGAAAACGGGUCCUAG